AUGUUUGAGGCCUUCGAUUAUAUGUUUGUAGCUGCUAGAUCCAAGCCCAUUGUGAAAAUACUUGAAGAAAUUAGAGUGUAUCUAAUGCAGAUAUGGGAAUCCAAUAGGAAAAAGAUUGCCAAAUACGAGGGCAUCAUACUACCUAACAUCAAGAAGAGGAUGGAAAGGGAGUCACAGAAAACCAAUCAUUGGAUUCGUACAAGUGAAUAUGACUAUGAGGUAAGGAAUAUUUCACUCAAUGGAGAAAAAUAUGUUAUCAACCUUUACAAGAAAGAAUGCUCAUGUAAAAUAUGGAUGCUGACUGGACUUGUAUGUUGUCAUGCAAUGUCUUGCAUAAAGGAUCAACAUUUAGAGAUUGAUGACUUUGUACCUGACUGUUACAAGAAGGAACAAUAUUCAUAUUGUUAUGCACCUAUUAUUUAUCCAUUUAAUAGGAAAGCCUUGUGGGAAAAGACUAGUGUUGUUGAUCUUCAGCCACCACCAAUAAAGAGGCAGCCUCGAAUGACAAAGAAAAAGAGAAAUAGGGAAGCUGGAGAAAUGAUGAGGGAUGAGACACAUAUAAAGAGGGCAAGACAUGGUAUCAAGUGUAGUCGUUGCCACAAGGAUGGUCAUAACAAGGCUACUUGUAAACAACCACAACCACAAGCUCCUCCAAGUCAGGUACAACAAGCAACAACACAGCCACCACCAACAAAUGUUUCAAGUCAGGUACAAGAAGCAACAACUCAGCCACCACCACUAGUUGUUACAAGUCAGCUACCACUACCAGUUGUUACAAGUCAUACACCACCACCUAUUGUUACAAGUCAACCACCACCCAAAACUACAAAAAACCUUCAUAAGGGUGGCAAGCCUGUUUCAAGUCAACCUUAA